GUGACGUAACAGCCCGCCGUUAGAGCAGCUCGACUUUGCCGGACGUUGGCGUUCUUCCGGGGAAAACUGAAACAUAUUUUGUGACUAAAAGGCAGCUUAUUUUCAUUCUCACGCUUUUUAUGUAACCAAGAAGAAUCGCCAUUAGCAACCAGGGCGGAGUUAUAGGGCGAGCCGGCCAUAACGUAACAUCUGUGACGUCGCUGCUUGUUCCGCCUGGGCUGCCUUCACGCUGUCUGUCUGCUGGAGCGCCAUUGGCGGCGACCACUGUUCACCACUGUUAACUACUCACCAGUUGACUACGGCUGAAUCCUGGGAUCCACAAGACAGCGCUGAUGGAGAAGAGGAGGUCCGACUGUCCUGCUCUGCCGCCCGGCUGGAAGAAGGAAGAAGUGAUCAGGAAGUCCGGUUUGAGUGCCGGCAAGAGCGACGUCUACUACUACAGUCCGACAGGGAAAAAGUUCAGAAGUAAGCCUCAAUUGGCCCGUUACCUUGGAAACUCAGUGGAUCUGGCAUGUUUCGAUUUCCGGACAGGGAAGAUGAUGCCUGGCAAACUGCAGAAGAACAAACAAAGGCUGAGACAUGACCCGCUCAGCCUGGCCAAGGGAGGUAAGCCUGAUCUGAACACGACCCUGCCUAUCAGACAGACGGCAUCCAUCUUUAAACAGCCUGUUACCAAGGUUACAAGUCACCCAGGAAACAAGGUCAAGACAGACCUGCAGAGAGCGACUGAGCAGCCUACACAACUAUUUUGGGAGAGGCGAUUGAAAGGUUUGCGAUCAUCAGAUGUCUCUGAAGAAGUUCUACGCACCAUGGACCUACCCAAAGGCCUACAGAGUGUGGGUGUAGACUCAAGUGAUGACACUCUGCUGUCUGCCAUCGCCAGUGCUCUGCACAUGAGCUCGUCUCCUAUCACAGGACAAACAUCUGUGGCAGCUGAGAAGAACCCAGCAAUCUGGCUGAACACAUCGCAGCCCCUGUGCAAGGCCUUCACUGUGACUGACGAACAAAUACGAGAACAGGAGCUGAAGGUCCAUCAAGCAAGGAGGAGUCUGGAGGAGGCGCUGAUGGCCGACGGUUUGGCACGGGCUGCUGAAAACACCCGAGACAUGCUGGAGGGGAUGACGGCUUGAAGACAGAAACAUGAGACAGGAUUUGGACCUCAGCGUAGACACAAGAGUCAUCUAAUGAACAAAACUACCAACUCCAGCAAUAUAAUAAUUGCUAAAAACAAAGUGCACACUAUGCCUGUGAAUAUUCUCAUUCAUCCAGGUCGUUGUAUUCUCAGGGCAUUCAAUCGAACUGUUCAGGUUGUCUUAGAAGACAUUUCGCCUCUCAUCCGAGCAGGCUUCAUCAGUUCAUGCUCAAUUGCACACUAAAACAACAAACUGAGCUGCAAUGGAGAAAAUGUAAAAUUUAAGUAAUAAUACAAUAAUCCAGCAGAAACAACAUAAACAAAUCGUUGUUCACUCGUGUGGAUGGACUUUUUGUUUUACAUAGGAGUGGGGGAAAUGUGCAUUUUUUUUGUGUCCAUUUAUUCAUGCCUCAAAUUUCUACUUUCCGAUAGUCCGUGAAUAUACGACUAUGGUUGUUUUGGCGUGGUUGUUAGUUUCAAUAAAGUGAUUGUUGAUUGACCACCUCUUUGUCAUUCUCUCAAUGUCUGGGCAAAAGCUACAGUAUUUUAUAUCAACACAGAAACAUCACAAUCCGUGAGCGAUGCGUAACCUGGAAGAGUUUGCAUCGGUGGAAUGGGCAGAUUAUGAAUUUCCCUGCAUGCUUUGGUGUAGUUAAAAUGAUCACUUUUGACUGUUUUAUGCCUCUUUAAGGUGUUAUUUUGUACAGACAGGGUGUAGUGGUGCUGCCGUUUUUAGCUGUGUACAGUUAAAUUAUUUUGACUUUUGUCAGUAUCUGGCACCUUUAUUAAGGAUGGUUGUGAAUUUCAUGCUACUGUGUAUACAAUAUUGUUCACUUUUAAAGUUAAAAUGCCAGAGGAGUAGUUUAUACCGGAGGAGUCGCUGAAUUACGCAGAUCACUGUAAACACUUUGUGUGAUAAGGAGGAGGGCCAACUCAAUGCUAUUUUCUAAACAGUUCCGCGGGCCGGAUGAAAUUGGAGCAUAGGCCGGAUUUGGCCCCCAUGCCUGAGUGUGACACGUGUACUCGAUUGUUGUUGCGUAAAUACAGUCGUCUCUUGCCACUUGGCAGUUAAAAUUUUGCAGCUUCACUCAUCACGGUUUUUCAAAAAUAUAUAAUUUAUAAAUCAUGCUCAUACAUGGUUGAAUACAGACUAUUAUUAGUCAAAACAUAUACUAUAUAUUUAAUUUAUAUGUAUUUAUAUUUAUAUUUAUAUUAUAUCCAUCCAUCCAUUUUCUUUCCCGCUUCUCCUCAUUAGGGUCGGGGGGGCAUGCUGGAGCCUAUCCCAGACUACGGGCGACAGGCAGGGUACACCCAGGACUGGUCGACAGGGCACAUAUAGACAAACAACCAUUCACACUCACAUUCACACCUAUGGACAAUUUAGAGUCGCCAAUUAACUUAACAUGCCACGCACCCACGCACGCACGGGGAGAACAUGCAAACUCCACACAGAAAUGCCCAAGGGAGAAUCGAACCCAGGUCUUCCAGAUCUCCAGACUGUUACUGUGUUGGCCAACAUGCUAACCACUAGAAUGUUGAGUAUUUUUUGCCUAAAUUAGCAUUUCCAAGCAUAAAAAUUAGCUAAAUCAGGGGUGGACAAACUUUUUCACUCGCGGGCCGCAUUGAGUUAACUAUACAUUUGAUACAUGCACUUUAUUUACGCUUAUAAUUGUCACAGUCACACCUGGAAUUAUAGUGUCAUACAAUCUGCUAUAUGUAUGUGCUUGCGUCCCUUUUUUCAGGAGCAUUUUAAAUAUCAGACCAUAUCAAAUAACAAAAUAAAAUUUUUACUGAAUAAGACACCUGGAAUGUACAUGAAUAAAGGAUGUGAUAUACAGUAUGAACGAUGAAUGCUAAAACAUUAACUAUUAAAGAGUAUGUGAAUGUCCCUCCUUUUUUACUUUCUAUACAGUGCAGUGGGUAGGUUAAGUUGUCUUUAUUUGGCACCGUAGGUGAGGUAGUUGUCUGGAUCUCUGCAUGUGAAAAGCUACUUAAACCACCAAAAGUAUUUAGUAUCUUUGAGUACUAGCAAGUCAUGUUGCCAGAUUGUAUGUUAAAGGUUUAAUUACUUGGAAGCAAAUGGCGGGCUGGAUUCAAACGUUUGGCGGGCCAAGAGAAGUUUAUAAAAAUGUUCAUCAGUUCCAGACAGUUGAUGUCCUUGGUGAAGCCAUCUUCACCACUUGGAGCAAUGUUCCCACUAGCCUCCUGGAAACACUCGCAUCAAGCAAGCCCAAACCAAUUUUUGAAGUGAUUAACAAAAACGGUGGAGCUACUCAUUACUGAAUCCUACCGAGAACAUUUUUUGUUCUGGUUUGGAGAGUUUUUUGUUAUUUCUUGAGCGAUGGUCUUAAACUUUUGAUCAGCUGAUAAACAGCCUAUUUCAGUUUAAUUGUUGUUUUCAAUUAAUUACUUUUUCAAAAUGCUUUUUGUCUCACUCCCCCUUCUUGUUUUUGCAUAUUUUUUGCUCUGCUUAAAACCUCAUUAAGAUCCAAAUGUGCAAAAUGAAAAUUCUAGCAAUUUUUCAACUGGUGUUAAGAUUUUGUUCAGGAGUGUAUAUCAUUUUUAGUUUUUGUAGUUUAGUUUGUGGAAAAAGUUGAACAGUUAAAACCAUUAUGAGUAGGUUAUGCAUGCAAAUUUCAAAAUGAACCUGCAUUGUUUUCUGACUCAGUUAAAGAAAAAAGUCUGUUUGUCCAGUUCUAUAUUUUGUCAAUGCAGUUUUCUUAAAAGUAAUGUUAAAAUAUGGUAUUGUCUUGUCUUGUUCUCGUGAACGUAACAUAAAUGCACCAUGAACGCAUCGCAACCUAGGUGCAGACGGGGUUUGUGUGAUAGGUACUGUAUCUGUUAUCCACAUAAUGAGUUGUGAUUAGAAGUACCGUACUUUCUUAAAGAGACAAGACUCAUUUGUGUGUUUUCAUGUACACAUUAGGAUGAAAUACUUAUUUUCCGGAAUCAAAUACCAAUUAUUUCUAAAUUGCAUUUUGUAAAAUGUCUUGAAAUGUGGAUGGAUUAUAAAUGGCAAUAUUUUUUUUUAC